AUGGCCUGGAGACUCCCGUUCUUCCAGCUGACAGUGGUCGUAGCUUUGACAAGGUCGGCGAACGAAGACUCCAGGGAUGUGAUCUCAUGUGUCGCCGUUGAAUGUGAUGGAUUUGAGGAUACAGUCUCACUUCUCAUGACUGUGCCCCAAAACCCUGAGAAGUCUAACAAUGCACUCGGGCCUGCGACUGGUGGAGGCAGCGGAGGCGGCCAGCUGGCCCAGCUGGGCCAGGUGUCGAAUUUCUUGUCCAAGUCUUCGGAGCCAGAUCGAAUGCCACAUCCAGAUCAUUUUGACGAAACAUGGGACCGCCUCAAGAACAAGACUGCCAAGCUCCCGCUGUGCAGAGCUUUCCCCAAAUAUUGCGAUGUCAAAUCGGUGACCUAUAAGGUCGAGGUCUUGGCAGCCUCCAUGAUGUGGGAAUCUCUCUUGGGCGUGGGCGGUGCAGUGGUGAUCCUGCAAAUCCUGAUGUUUUACAUUGCUGGUGUUUGCUGGAACACAGGGCUUCUAGGUAGACUUUGGCCAAGGGUUUUUGGUGCUGAUGGAUCUGAUGAACGUGGAUUCUCAACUCCAACUUCUGCUUUGGACCCAGCUGAACCUCACCUGGCUGGCUGGGCAUCAUGGCUGGCGCCGCCGCAGCUUGCUUGGCCCAUGAAGACCUGGUGUCAAUGGUGGCAGUUGGGACCACGGCUGUCUCGACCCAUUGCGACGAUGCAACUUUACGUUUGCUGCCUACUCUUGGUGGAGGUCUUGGCUCUGGUGACCCCCAAUUCCUGUGUCUUAGCGACCGCAGAGAUGGUGGGCUUCGUACGCAAGUACCCUAGACACUUCAACUUUUUGCCCCACUUUGGAGAGUGGUUCAUGCCCAAUUUCGAAGACAAUGUGGAUGCUUGGGUCAGCUUUCUAAUCUUUGUGCGGCGAUUGCUUGUGGUUUCGUGGAGCCUUUUCAUUCUUUUGCCACAGAAAAGGAAGGGACUUUGGCAACUCAGGCAAGUGGCGUUGGGGGUCAGCUACACUUGUGGUGCGUUGGCUUACACCUACUUGAGCAUGAUAGAGUUGACGUACCAACCUUCCCACACCGUCCAAGGAACGACACUCUUUGUCUUCUCCGCUAUGUUCGUAGUGCCCUUCCUGGAGACCAACCCAAUGGCAGGGAAUUGGUUGCGGAAAUUCCUGCUUCUCAAUGUGGUGAUCCCCUCCUAUUGGUUCGCAGGCUUGAGCAAGAUCAGGUGGGCUGCCUCUCGUGUUUAA